GCGACUGCAACGUCGGAGCAGUGACGACGGACCGUCCUCAGCGUCCCAACCAACCUUUAAACCAAAACCAAAACCAAACCAAACCAAACAAAACAAAAAACAUAAAUAAUAGCAACAAAGGAGCAACCAUAAAAGAGCCCCAACUUAAAACUAAACCAAGUACAAAAUGCUUGCCUAGCUAAAAAAAAACAAAAACAAAAAACAAAAGGGAAACCAAUUGCGCAUAUAGUGCGCGUAUAGUGCAAAAUAUAAUAAUUUAAUCAACUGUGAUAUAAGUUUUUUUUCGUUGGUCCUCCAGACCAGACCAAAGCAACCUCUUACCUGAAAAAAAUUCAAACACAAAAACAAACCCAAACCCCAGUAAGAUGUCCGUUCCCAUGAUAUUGACCCCGAUGGAACACCAAAGCUCGGACGAGCACAUGCAAAAUUGUGCCGCAUACGUGGAGGCCGCCACCGUGCCACCGGGCGCCCUCAUCAAGUAUGGAACGGCCAAUGAGCUGGAGCCGUCGGCCACCGGCGCAGUCACCGGUGCAGGUGCAGGUGCCGGUGCCGGGGCCUCCUGCAAGCCGACGCUGAGGGAGUUCAACGUGAGACUGGAGACUCCCCUGGCGCCGGAGGAGCGCCUGGGACUGACUGGCGACGUGAAGGCCCUGGGCGAGUGGCAGCUCUCGCGCUGCGUGCCCCUGGACUCCCUCGACGAGCUCAACUGGCAGGCCACGGUGCCGCUGCAGUCGUGUCGUCAGCUGGAAUACCGCUACUUUGUCUACGUGGAGGAUCUGUCCGGCUACAAGCAGAUCCGCCGCUGGGAGACGCACUUCAAGCCGCGCUCCCUGGGUCCCUGCUCGGAGAUUCAGUGCAGCCAGAUCGACGUGUUCGGCAUAACCGCGGACAAUGCGGAUCUGAAGCCGCAGGUCCAUCGCGGCUGGCUUAAUCACGAGGUGAUUGUCCAGCUCAAGUUCAACAGCGAAAAGAUGUUCCAAGUGCACGACAUCGAAACCUUCGAUCCCCAGCAUGUCCAGCUGAAGAUCGUGCCCGUGGAGAUGACCGCUGGCCUCCUGGUGGAGUACACCAAGCAGGAGUACGGCAAGAGUCAGCUGGAGAAUCAGCCCACAUUCGGAGUGCCCUAUACCAAGGGCGACAUUGUCAUCUUCCACAUAACAGUGCCGCUCGAGAAGAUGCUGCAGCAGCACUUCCGUCUGGACUGCUACACCAUGUCCAACGAGCUCCUGGGCAGCGCCAAUCUUGUCAGCUCGGAGCUGACGGGCAGCGAGGGACUCCUCCAUCUGCGCAUCAAGUCGGCCAGCGAUGCCGAGGAGACCUUGGCCCGACUCCGUUUGCCGUAUGUCAUUGUCCAGCCGUACCGGUACUCGCCGCUGGACUUCAAGACCACCUAUGCCCACUAUUGGCCCAAGAGCUGGCCCAAUCUGGACGUGGGACAUCGCGGCAACGGCAAGAGCUACAUUGCCGAUGCCCCGGCGGAGAGGGAGAACACGAUUGCCUCCUUCCUGAGUGCCCACGAGCACAAUGCGGACAUGAUUGAGCUGGAUAUCCACCUCACGGCCGACGGAGUGCCAGUGAUUUAUCACGACUUUGGCCUGCGCACCGCCCCGCCUGGCAAGCAGAUCAGCAAGCCGGACCAACUGGAAUACGUCCUGAUCAAGGACAUCAACUAUGAGCUGCUCAAGCGCCUGCGCAUCUUCUCUGUGAUCAAUGGGCGGGUGGUGGAGUAUCCCUCGCACAAUGCCGAGUCCCGACCCGCACAUCGCAUCUUUCCGCGCCUCGUGGAGGUGCUCGACGAGCUGCCCAAAUCCCUGGGCAUCGAUGUGGAGAUCAAGUGGCCGCAGCGUCGCCAAGGCGGUGGCAGCGAGGCCGAGCAGACGAUCGACAAGAACUUCUUUGCUGACCGUGUGCUGCACCAGGUGAUCCAGCAUGGCUGCGGGCGUCCCAUCAUUUUCUCCAGCUUCGACGCCGACAUGUGCACCAUGUUGCGCUUCAAGCAGAACGUCUUUCCUGUGAUGUACCUCACCCAGGGCCAGACGAAGAAAUGGCAGCCGUUCCUUGACCUGCGAACGAGGACCUUCGAGGCGGCCGUCAACAAUGCCCAGGCCUUCGAGCUGGCCGGCACCGCACCCCAUGCCGAGGACUUCCUCGGCGAGAACGCCGCCCAGAUGCUCCAGCGGGCCAAGGACCUGGGCCAGAUCGCCGUCGUCUGGGGCGACGACUGCAACUCGCGGGAGCGUGUCAAGUAUUUCACACAGAUUGGGGCCACGGCCACGUGCUACGAUCGCAGCGAUCUCUACAUGCCCGAUGGCAAGCAGGAAGCGUUCUUCAAGUCUCCGGCCCUGAUGGCCGAAUUCGCGGCGCAGUGCCGGGUGUAGGCGGGGUGUAGGGGCGGGUAGAUCUUAGAGCCUAAGUUAAUCGUUAAUCUUGUAAAGAAACCUAUUUUUGUAUAUUUAUUUGGAAACGUAACGUAAGAAAGAGAAAUGUGAGAAGGGGCAUCACCGAAGGGGAAGAAGCGCAGCUUCAAAAUGUUGUUUAUUAAAUUAUAGUUUCCAACGUUGUCCAAACGGAAACCGAAACAUGUGAAGCCAUCAUAUGGCCAUAAUUAGAAAGAAAAAAGAAACCCCCAUUCCCCCAGAGCAUGGGAGGAAUUCCCCUCAAAAUUAAGUAGCAACAUAAAAGACAAUGAGAGAAGAAAGCGAUGCAAAAAGUUGAGAAAAGAAAACAAAAGAUGAGAAUGAGAAUUGCAAAUACACAUAUAUUUAUGUACACCUAAUACCUGCUAUAAAUCGUUAAAUACCUCAAUGCAAAAUGUGCAAAAAACAAAAAACAAAAAAAAAACCAGAGCUACAUAAUUGCAAAUAAUUUUGAAAACUUUUAUGCAAAAAUACUACAUAGAAAAUUUGCUAUUUGCUUUCACAUAUUUAAUAAUUAUUGGGGAUUUUUUAUACCAUUUUGUAGUGUUAGUUUUCGUCUAUGUUUAAGCAAAGAGUCUUUUUGUUUUUGUUCUAUUUGAAUGGCUUAAAUGCAAUGAAAUUUACAAGCAAUUU